AUGGCCAUUCCGUCGAGUACAUCAUCUUCCUUUUCUACGGAUAAUUCUGCUCCUAUUGACCAUAGUGCUGCGAGUCGCCUUCCUUUUCACCCUGAUGACUAUACACAUCUCUAUCACCCUUUAUAUGUACAUCGCUCUGAUUUACUAGGUUCUUCUUUGGUCACUAAGCCUUUUGAUGGCUCAUGUUAUGGGAGUUGGCAUAGAUCCAUUUUAGUGGCUCUAUCUGUUAGGAACAAAUUGGAAUUCAUCAAUGGAACUUCUGAGAGACCUCAAGAGGGGUCUCCUCUUCUUCGCCAAUGGCAAAUGUGCAAUAAUUUAGUUGUUGCAUGGCUGGCUAAUUUUGUGACUAAGGAAAUCCACCGUACUGUAGUCUACUCUAAGUUUGCCAAGGAUAUUUGGAAGGAACUUGAGACCAGGUAUGGGGAAGCUGAUGGAGCUAGGGUCUUUGAGUUAAAAAAGGAGAUGGCACACAUUUCUCAUGGUGCUCUUGACAUUCCUUCUUAUUUUAUCAAACUUAAACAACUUUGGGAUGAAUUGACCUCUCUUUCUGCCAGUUCUGAUGAUAGGUGUAUUUGUGGGAGAAAUAUUAGGUCUGAGGAAAAACAAAAGGUCUAUCAGUUUUUCAUGGGGCUGAAUGACACAUAUGUUCAAGUCAGAAGCAACAUAUUGAUGAUCAUGCCCCUUCCUUCUAUUGACACAGUAUAUAGUAUUCUCUUAAGUGAUGAAAAACAGAGACAUGUGUCUGCUACAUCUUAUUUCUCCUCUGAAUCUGCCUCUUUUAAUAGGAGUUUAGUCACUUGUAAAUACUGUAAGAAGCCUGGGCAUAACAUUGAAAAAUGCUAUAAAUUUCAUGGUUAUCCACCAAACUUCAAGUUCUCUAAGGGUGGUGGUCCCAAAAAGGCUUCAGCACAUACUGCACUUGAUUCUUCUACAUCUCAGGCAUCUGCUUCUCAACUCACUGGUGGUGCUAUUCAGAGUGGCUACUCUGACUCAUCUACUGGUUUUCCUGGCUUGACAAAAGACUAA